CUCAAUCCGGUCACCUGAUCAAGCCAUAGCCGAACGUUCCACGUGAUCUCAUUCGGAAUCGUCGAUUGGACAGAACGUUACCGGCACUGCCGUGACGUAAGCAGGAGGGGUGUGGCCGGCAGCGGAGACAAAUAAUCAUGGAGGUUAUCUUUCAUGAAAAACAAGAGGGCUCCCUGUGCGCCCAGCACUGCCUCAAUAACCUCCUGCAGGGGGAGUACUUCACCCCGGUGGAGUUGUCGUCCAUCGCCAUGCAGCUGGAUGAGCAGGAGCGGAUGAGGAUGGCGGAGGGCGGCCUCACCUCUGCGGAGUACAGGACCUUUAUGGAGCAGCCGUCUGGUAACAUGGACGACAGCGGCUUCUUCUCCAUCCAGGUUAUAAGUGACGCACUAGGAGUCUGGGGCCUGGAACUGAUUCUCUUCAACAGCCCCGAGUACCAGACCCUCGGCAUCGAUCCCAUAAAUGAACAAGCCUUUAUCUGUAACUACAAGGAGCAUUGGUUUACUGUACGGAAGUUAGGAAAACAGUGGUUCAACUUGAAUUCCCUGCUGACCGGCCCCGAGCUCAUAUCAGACACCUACCUUGCACUCUUCUUAGCUCAGCUACAACAGGAAGGUUAUUCCAUAUUUGUAGUAAAGGGAGAUUUACCGGACUGUGAAGCGGAUCAGAUCCUGCAGAUGAUUCGGGUGCAGCAGAUGCAGCGGCCGCGGCUCAUAGGAGAGGAUGCAGCGCUAAGAGACCAAAGUUCUCAGAGAAGCGUCCCCGGCAUGGAGGAGCCUCAGGUGUACGAUGGAUCCCCCAUGAUGGACGAGGAUGAAGAGAACCUGCAGAAGGCGCUCGCUCUCAGCAGACAACAGAUAGACAUGGAGGACGAGGAGGCGGAUCUACGCAGAGCAAUACAACUCAGUAUGCAAGGAGGACCUAGGAGUGAAUACACAGAAACCUCACCCCCCAGCGUGCCACAAACCUCAGGGACCUCCAACCAAGAAUCGCUGACACAGGAAGAACUGCGCCAAAGACGACAGAUGUAUUAUGAAAGACAACAGCAAAUAAAACAGGAGCAGCGCUCAGAAGGGAACAACAGCGCAACAGACACAGGUUCAGGGAUGAGUGAAGAGGAUAUGCUCAGAGCCGCCAUGAAUAUGUCUCUGGAUACGGGAGGAACCAAAUCUGUGACUCAGGAUAAAUGACCAUGUGGCCCCCGGCCGUCCGCUUUAAACUGUCCUGUGUGACUGGCGCCGCUCGUCAUGCAGAUAGCGAGGAUGUACAUAUUGGAUCUGUUGUAUGGACGUGCGUCGGCUGUGGAGAUACUUGAUGCUUUUAUGAAUGUCUUUUUAAGCGUGUUCUGUGUUCAUUAUUCUUCUGUAUUCACUACUGGAGCUGCCGUUUCCGCCUCCUCCCGCUCGUUCAUACAUUGACGCUGAGAGUCUGAACGUCACAUGACCAAAGCCCAACUCCCUCCCCCUCGCGGGCGGCCAUAGAGGUGAAGACCAGCCAUGUCUGACAUGCUUUGUCCUUGGGUCUCCUGUCUGUGUCCCUGUACUUCCUAUAGGGGGCAGCGGUGCGGAGGCAGGAGUAGCGUAUUCCGAGGCCCCCGCUUGCCGCUGUCCAUGCAUUUGCGCUAGACUGAAAAAAAAAAAAAAUGACGACGUGGUCACAUGAUGUCACGAAGAAGUCACGGUGCAGGCGCUGUUUACUUCACUAUUCAUGAUUGGACAGCGGCAUGCUGGGAAUUGUAGUUUUGUAACAGCUGGAGGCACGCUGGUUGGGAGACACUUACCUAAGUGAACCUCCAUGUGUUGCAAAACUACAACUCCCAGCAUGCCCGGACAGCCGUUGGCUGUCCGGGCAUGCUGGGAGUUGUAGUUUUGAAAUAGCUGGUUGGGAUACACUAGAUUAGAAAACUAUGGCUUUUUUCUUUUUGAAACAGCGCCACAACUGUCUGCAGGUCACAUCUGGUAUUGCACCAUUCAAUUUAAAGUUUUCCAUGAGAGCAAUACCUUAAAG